GGACAAAACAUCCGUUUCCAUGGAUUCCCGUCUCUGAGCUUCGAUUCUCUCUCUCUCUCUCUCGCUCUCAUGGCCAACCAACCAUCUUCUUAUCCAAUUCUCUGCGCCUCCUUCAAUCAGGACGCUAGGAUCGUUCUCUGAUUGUAACUACUGCGAAACGAAUUUGAUCGAAUUAUAUGUAAUCUGGAGGCGUGAUUACUGGUGAAGCAUAUGGAGAGUAGUGCUUUUAUUUUAUUUGCAAUAGGCACAAGAGAUGGUUUCCGAAUUUUUGAUUCCAAUAACGGAAGGCUCUGCUAUGAACGAGCUCUUGGUGCAUUCAAUAUUGUUGAGAUGCUGUUUAGCUCUAAUCUUGUUGCCAUUGUUGGAGCUGGUGAACAGCCAUCUUUAUCCCCACGUCGUCUUUGCUUGUUUAAUACAAUGAGUGGAAAUGCCCUUAGAGAACUGAAUUUCUUAACUUCAAUACUAGCUGUUCGCAUGAAUAGGAAAAGACUUAUUGUACUACUGCAAGAUAAGACAUACAUAUACGACAUAAAUAGUCUCACAAUCUUGGACACGAUUGAUACAGUACCAAAUUUGAAAGGAAUCUGUGCGUUCUCCCCCAGUUUGGAUGGUUGCUUCUUAGCUCUUCCAGCCAGCAUCACUAAGGGAUCUCUGUUACUGUACAAUGUCAUGGAGCUUCAGUUACACUGCGAGAUAGAUGCUCAUCUUGCACCGCUGUCCACAAUGGUCCUUUCUUCAAAUGGGAUGUACAUAGCAACAGCAUCAGAACAAGGAACUAUGAUUAGAGUGCAUCUGGUAUCGGAAGCAACUAAGUCAUAUAGUUUCCGGAGAGGAUCAUAUCCAUCAACUAUAUUUUCAUUGUCCUUUGGGCAAUGUUCUCAAGUUCCGGAAAUUCUGGUGGCAACUAGUUCCUCUGGUUCUGUUCAUGUUUUUCCUCUGGGAUUUGCUAUAAACCAAAGCAGAAGAUCAGGUGGCUUUCUUGGAUCGAUAAUGCUCGACUCCAUAAGUGAUGCACUGGAUCCAGCGCACCAUCACAUUGUUCAUAAUGCUGUACCAGCAGGAAUUAAAAGCUAUGCAGUGAUACGCAAGGUUGAUAGGGUUGCCGAUACUUCAAGUUCUGAAAUUGUAGCUUGCAGGGCCACACUAGCAAUCAUAACCUACAAUGGUUACUUCCAGGAGUACAACUUAAGUCUCAGUAACCAGAACGAGUUCUCGAGAAGUUUGGACUGUGAAUUCAAUCUCUUGACUGCGAUUGCCAAUAACGACGUUAGGUUAUGAGUUCGUUUCCUCCAUGGAAGCCAAGAAAGUUCAUUUACUUUCAGAAAGGUUAUCCAUUAUGACCUUAAAUGCUUCCAGUCAACCAACCUAUUGAAGAAAAUAAAAACUCCCUCACUUUUAUUCUCUGGCACAAAUUGUAGGCAGUUCCGUAAAUAGAAAAAGAAAAUACAACCGUAGAAUUUGGGGAGUUUGUUAAUUAGAGUCCCUAUAGUCAUGCCAUUUAUGUUCUUAUUUUCUUCAAUAAGUUAUUGAUUAUUUUAUGUUCUUCCACCACUUCCUACUUAAAUGACUCAUUUGUGGUGUUACUGAAAUCUUGUUCAAAAUUGUUCAUAAAUUGUAAUAUGCUUGAGUUUUUUU